CUGCAAUAUUUCAUGUUUCAGGGCAAAUGACCCAGCUUUGUGAACUGAUCAAUAAAAGCGGGGAACUGCUAGCAAAAAAUCUCUCCCACCUGGAUACAGUGCUUGGUGCCCUGGAUGUGCAGGAACAUUCUUUAGGGGUUCUUGCUGUCUUGUUUGUGAAGUUUUCUAUGCCCAGCAUCCCUGACUUCGAAACGUUAUUCUCACAGGUUCAGCUUUUUAUCAGCACUUGUAAUGGGGAGCACAUUAGAUAUGCAACAGACACUUUUGCUGGCCUUUGCCACCAGUUAACAAAUGCCCUUGUGGAAAGAAAACAGCCCCUGCGAGGAAUUAGCAUUCUCAGACAAGCCAUAGACAAGAUGCAGAUGAACACAAACCAGCUGACCUCAAUACAUGCAGAUCUCUGCCAGCUCUGUUUGUUAGCAAAAUGCUUUAAACCUGCCCUCCCGUAUUUAGAUGUGGACAUGAUGGAUAUUUGUAAAGAGAAUGGGGCAUAUGAUGCGAAGCACUUUUUAUGUUACUACUACUAUGGUGGGAUGAUAUACACUGGGCUAAAGAACUUUGAAAGAGCACUCUACUUCUAUGAACAGGCAAUAACUACUCCGGCCAUGGCAGUCAGUCAUAUUAUGUUGGAAUCAUAUAAAAAGUAUAUUCUAGUUUCUUUGAUACUACUUGGCAAAGUUCAACAGCUACCGAAGUACACAUCCCAGAUAGUGGGUAGAUUCAUUAAGCCCCUUAGCAAUGCCUACCAUGAAUUAGCACAAGUUUAUUCAACCAAUAAACCCUCGGAGCUCCGAAAUCUUGUGAACAAGCAUAGUGAAACAUUCACCAGAGAUAACAAUAUGGGGCUGGUUAAGCAGUGCUUGUCAUCUCUUUAUAAAAAGAAUAUUCAGAGGUUAACUAAGACGUUUUUAACAUUGUCAUUACAAGAUAUGGCAAGUCGAGUGCAGCUCUCAGGGGCCCAGGAAGCAGAAAAAUACGUCCUUCACAUGAUAGAAGAUGGUGAAAUCUUUGCAAGUAUUAAUCAGAAAGAUGGUAUGGUCUGUUUCCACGAUAAUCCUGAAAAGUAUAACAAUCCAGCUAUGCUUCAUAACAUUGAUCAGGAGAUGCUGAAAUGUAUAGAACUUGAUGAACGACUGAAAGCCAUGGAUCAAGAGAUCACUGUGAACCCUCAGUUUGUGCAGAAGAGUAUGGGCUCUCAAGAAGAUGACUCAGGAAGCAAACCAUCCAGUUAUUCUUGAAAUUAACAAUGCUACUACUCUGCUUUUAAAGUAAAAGCUAAAGAGAACCACCUUCUGGAUUGGGCAUUUAAAAGUCCUAUGAACAGAGCAGAGAGAACUGAGAUUUUGACCUGGACAUUAAGAAAAUAAAACACCACCUUCUCAGUACUGUAUGAUUCCAAAAAUAUUCUCUGCAAAGAAAAA